UGUAGUUUCUCAUCCAAUAACUUAAGCCACUCUUCAACCACCUUCAUUAUUCACUUAAGACCUCUCCAUUUAUUUUUCUCAGUUUGUAUCGGUCUUCACAAUGCUUUUGGGUCUUUCUGGAGUAUUUUUGCUUUUGCUGGAUGCAUCUUUAAUAUGUGGUCAGAACACAACACAUGAAAACAAAACAGCAUUUGAAGAUGGUAACAGCACAUAUGAAGAUCAAGAGAACUUUCAAAAUCAAGAACGUUACCACGUCUUUAAUUACUGUUUUGAAGAAGCCUUGAGGCAGUAUGGUCAGUUUUAUUGCUGGGCUAAAUUCAAUGAGAGCAUGAUUUUACUCGGAGAAGAGAACUGGUGCAAUGUCAAGAUGAUCGUGAGAAGUUACCACGAGUUAACUGACUGUUUGGAGACCUCGUCCAGUAUGUGUAGCUGUUAUUACCCAAAUCAUGUCGUGGAGCAGUUGUUUGUAAUGAUACAUAAGCAAUACUUCCACUCGUGCAGCGAUGAGGAGUUACCCGACGCCCCGGCAGGAGUGGUGCUCACUGCGACCCUGUUACCCAUCGUUCUCAUUCCCUUCAUGGUGUACAUUGUGGUCUUGAAGAGCAGUUUAAGAGACUGAACGUUUAUUUAGCGUGCCAUUGAUGAAAGGUCAAAGUGAAACUGGGUGUAUAAGGUUUAUGUGGUUGACAAUAAUGUAAGUAUUGUUACAUAGACAGCGUGGGCUGGGAUUUCCCACACG